AUGAAUGACGGAACUCACCACUUCUCUUCCACCACCAAGACUCACGCCGUCGUUACCAAUAUAGUCGGUCCGGCGGCAACUAGCGUCUACGAGCUUCUAGAGUGCCCUUGUCAAAAUGGACACACGUUAUGUUCGACCUGUAAAGUGAGAGUGCACAACCGUUGUCCCACGUGUAGACAAGAGCUUGGAGAUAUACGACGUUUAGCUCUCGAGAAAGUAGCCGAGUCCCUUGAGCUACCUUGCAAGUAUUUCAACCUCGGAUGCCCUGAGAUUUUUCCUUACUACAGCAAACUUAAACACGAGUCUCUUUGUAACUUCAGACCUUACGGUUGUCCUUACGCUGGCUCCGAGUGUGGUGUCCUUGGAGGCAUCCCUUUCCUCGUGGCUCAUCUCAGGGAUGAUCAUAAAUUUGACAUGCACGCGGGCUCCACUUUUAACAACCGUUACGUUAAAUCCAAUCCGCGUGAAGUAGAGAACGCCACGUGGAUGUUAACUGUGUUUCAUUGCUUUGGGCAAUACUUCUGUCUCCAUUUUGAGGCGUUCCAGCUAGGGGUGGGUCCUGUAUACAUGGCGUUCCUGAGAUUCAUGGGAGACGAGGAAGAAGCUAGGAGGUACAGCUACAGCUUAGAAGUUGGAGGCAGUGGGAGGAAGCUAACAUGGGAAGGGACCCCGAGAAGCAUCAGAGAUAGUCAUAGGAAAGUAAGAGACAGCAACGACGGUCUCAUCAUCCAAAGAAACAUGGCUCUCUUCUUCUCCGGCGGUGAUAGGAAAGAGCUUAAACUUAGAGUCACUGGUAAAGUCUGGAAAGAACAACACAGUCCAGAUUCUGGGGUUUGCAUGCCAAACAUGUCUUCCUGAUCAUUCAUCGUCUCUAUCUUGAAUGAAUGUGUUUGAUCUUUAUCACAAGUAUAGUCUCGGUUGAUGGCAAGCCUUCUGACAGAGUUCAGAUGCUCAAAUCUUAAGGUUGCAAGUACAUAUAGAUUGAGAAAAUAUAAUUAACAUCUUUAUAAAUCUAAUAAAAAAUCAAGUUUAACGAUGUUCUUAACAGCGUUUGAGAAAAUUAAAUUAAAGCUACAGAAUUUCAGAAUUGUCAAAUAAGCAAAAGCUAAAUAUGAUGUAAUCAAUUCAUAUAACUUUGAGAGAUCGUAUAUCAUGUAAGAUUUCAACAAAUCUUA